AUGGCAGACCGAGUUUUAGAGAUCAUGAGAGAAGGUCGCGCGUCGUCGAGCUUCAUCCCGUCGGGCCGACAGCUCCCCCGGACUCCUCCUCUGAGGAGCGUCAGGAAACGGCUGGAUUUCUCCAGCGAGGAUUCAAACCAGGAGCGCGAGGAGCCCCAGCAGAGGGCGCCGCUGCACACUGAAGGGGACGACCGAAGCCCAAUGUCGGAUUUGUUGGUGAUCAAACCAGAACCAGAGGACCCCGGCGCCAUGCUGAGGGGGAUGACCGGCUACCAGCUGACCCAGACGGACUCUGAGUUCCUGGAAAACAUGAGGGUGGAGAAACUCCUUAAAAAACUGCAGGGAGAUCUGGAGGAGCUGCAGAGGUUGUCCGUGAAGGAAACGGCGUCGUUGGAUGUGGCGUUGGCCUCCAGUCAGAAGGCACAAGCCGGACUCCAAAAGCUCCCCUCCUGUGAAGACCUCACCGAGUGGGUGAAGGCGGCCCGGGAGACGACCUCGCCCUCCGCCGAGGUCGCGCACAUCGACGCCAAGUCUCUCCUUGCCACGUUGACGAGAAACGACGUUGGAAGAGCCGCGGAGGUGAAGAGGGCGGAGCUCGGCCGGCUGGAGAAGAUGGUGGCGAACAAGAGGAAGAAAGAGGCUCAAGUGAAAGGAGAGCUAGAAAAACAAGUCGCCCUCCAGCAGCUGGAUAUCCAGGGAUUAAUGAUCCUGUUAUCGGACCUGACAUCUGAACUUGGCCAACAAGAGGAACUCUACAAAGCUCUUGAAAUGCAGAUCGAAGCACCGGACAUCCCACGAGAAGAAGAUGCGGCCGCUUCAGAGACGCAGCAAGCCGCCAAAAGACGAGCGAAGCGGGGCGCGAAGGGACGAGCGAAAGCUCUCGGGGAAACCGAGGAGGUGAAAGACGCAGGUAAACCGACGAGGAGCAAACUCGGGGACAGUCGGACCGGAGGGAGAGACGUGAAGGAGGAUGGAGAGAAGACGGAUCUGAAGUCUGGAGCUGCUGCUGAUGAGGAGGAGGAGAGGGCCAAAGGGCCUCGGCAGGAGUCUGCGAGAGGGAGUAGAAGGCCUCCUGACCCCGGGGAGCAGCAGGAGGCUCCUCUGCAGGGCAGGAAUCGAGCUGCAGGAGAGGAGGAGGCGCAGUCCCCUGUCCUGAGGAGAUCCAAGAGGAUAGCCAGCAGGAGCCUUGUUUCAGAUUUGGCGCCCGUGAACUCGGAAAAACCUCCAUCGCCGGGUUCUCAGCAGCGACCUCAUCCUCGGCCGACGGUCUCUGUGGGUGCGAUCUCCACGGAGCCAACAACAACGCAGAGGGCCAACGUUGCAUGA